CGUGAGCAGCGCUGGCCACUGGCACAAUCUAACAGUCUCUGAUCUGCGGAGCCGCUGAAGGAUUUACUUUAUUCCGCCUUUCAGUUCAGCCGUCCUUUAUUUUCUCACUCAAACAAUGGCAGACGCAGAUGUUGACUCCGUCUCGGACAUCUCUGCCAAGGACCUGAAAGAGAAGAAGCAGGUGGAGGACAAGGAGAACGGCAAAGAUGCUGCCACCAACGGAAAGGAGAACGAGGAGAACGGUGACCCCGACGUAGAUGAAGAUGACGAAGAGGAAGAAGAAGUGGACGAAGAGGAGGAGGAAGAUGAUGGAGAUGGUGAAGAGGAGGAUGAAGAGGAAGAUGAAGAUGAGCUUGAAGGCGGCGGGAAACGGGCAGCUGACUAUGACGAGGACGACGUCUCACCCAAGAAGCAGAAAACCGACGAUUGAUGCGCUUCCCCGCGCCAUCCUGCUGAACCGCUUCCUGGUUCUUCACCUCUGACUGUUUUUCUACGUCACAGGUGGAGAGGCUGGAGGACUAAAGGAAAAAUAAUAAUAAAAAAUGCAACAUGGUCAUUAGCAAGUAGAGUUCAACAGACCCCACGGCCUCCCCUCAAAUCUGCUAAACAAAUUUUCUAGAGGAACCCAGCACCACACUGACGCAGAAAUCCGGCUUCUCUUCAACAACACGAAAAGGAGAAUUUGUUUGUAUUUUUAUUUACAUUUUAUAUUUUUGUACAUAUUGUUAGGAGGGGAUCCGUUUGUCCCUCGGCAGCGAUCUCGUCAGACCAAAUCGGUGCUUCUAUAAUGAAAGAUUUUACUUGGUUGACCAUGUUACAAUAUUUCAACAAAUAUUAGAAAAAUGUGUAAAAAAAAAGUAAAAACCAUGAACGACAACCUCUUAAGCCGUUGAACUCAGAGCAUUCCAGUAAAUUUAAUGUAUGUACUUUAGCUGUACCAUAACUAGUUUGUUUGUAUGGGAGGGUAAGGCCAAAGAAAAGAGCCUCUUUUCUUUUCCUUUAUUUUGUUUUGUCAGCGACUUUUUGUUUUAUGACGGCCUGUUUUGGUGUAUGUGCGAAGUUUGUUGUUUGACAAUAAACCGGACUUUUAUUUUGUGAGUUGUA